AUGUCUUACCCUGCGGGAACCGUUACUAGUGUUCACGAGCAUUUAAUCAACUUGCUACCUUAUGAGGAGGCCGACGGGUGGGCUGAGCUGGCGGCGGAAACGGGGGACUCGGCGCAGGCGGAAGGGGGGAGCGACGGCGGGGGAAAAAGCGCGUGGAAGGAAAAAGCUCGCGCGGUGGGCGGAAGCGCGAAGGAGCGGCAGCUGGCGCGGCUGCUGCCGGUGCUGUUCCUGGUGUCGUCGUCUCUCAUGCCCACUGCGCGCCGAUACCCGCUGCUGCUGCGCGAUCGACGGUUGCUACACCACGUGCGCAUCGGGCUCUUCGGAGUGGAUCUCGCCGCGCUCUCCAUCCCCCUGGACGCCACGUCAGCGUAUUCCACGUCAGCAGCUGCGCGUCCGCACCUGUUCUUUGCGAAGAAGCUCUACCUCCCGCUCCACCCGGACUCUCUCUGCGGAUUCGCCGCCUCCCCCCGCCCCCGCUCCCCCGACCCCCUCUGGCGCACCCUCCGCGCGCACCACCUCCUCCCCCCAAACGGCUUGCCGAUCCUCAACCCGAACUGGGUGCCUCGGCUGCCGAACCAGCAUCUGAACCAGCAGGCUCGGGCGCACAUGGUGGUUGGGGAGGCUUUGCGUCGGGAUUGGGUGGUGGUGGUGUCGCUGGUUUGGAGUGUGCAUGGGGGGAGGGAGGGGCAGGGGGUGGCUGGGGGGGAGGAUAUCGGAUUGGGGGAGGGGGAGCUAGCGGAAGGAGGAGCAGGCGGAGGGGAGGGCGCGGAAGGUGACAAUAAGGAGGCGGCUGACGCGAUGAACCGUGUGAUUGUAAUGAUGCGGGAGCUCUUCGGCGAGGCGCGCGUGGUGGUAUACGACGAGCACGUGCCGCCACUGCAAGCCAAGGAGCUCUUUUCCCGCGCGAUUCUGUUCGUCGGCCCGACGUCGCCCGCGCUGUCGAAUCUCAUCUUCAUGCCCUUCAACUCCACGCUCAUCGAAGUCCUCCCUCGCACCGUCGCCAUGGCAGCCGCGUCCAUCCCUGUUGUCGGCCAACAGCGGGCUGCCACGUGGCACUUCCACCUCGCGUCCCGCCUCGGGAUCCAUCAUUUUCUCUCUGCCUGUGAUCCGACUAAGGUGAACUGGCAUUCUCAGGAGCACUGCCACGUGGACGAGGUGUACGGUACAGUCACCGCGAUGAUCCGUAACAACCCUACACUCCACGCGUUCACCGGGUUACCAUCCGUCUCCUUUCCACCGGACGAGCCUGCCAGCUUCGGCGACUUCCGAAGCAGGAUCCCAGGCUCGAGGCUCAAGCCCGGAACAGGCGAAGCGGCAGCGUUCAAGCAGUGGAUGAGCUGCGUGGCGGAGCGCGGCGAGUGGCGGUACAACGCGACGCCGAGGGUUCUACCGUGGGAGGAGAAACAGGUGCAGAGCUGCGACUCCCGACACAUGAAGCAGGGCGGAGUGGCAGGAGUCCACGCGGACAAAAUCGCAAACUCGGGAUGGGAUCCCGCUGCCGCUGCUGCGGCGUGGAAGGUUCGAGAGAGUCUGAAGUACCAGUGGGUGGUGCCUCGGGAAAAGUGUGCUGGAGUUGUCGGGGGCAGGCAGGCGGUGGUGGGGAGGGAGGGCGUGCAGGGGGAGAUUUUCUCGAGGUUCGACGGGCGUGCGCUUUGCGAGCUGGCCGCGCGGAGGAAGGAUGGGCUGCGGAUUGCUUUUAUCGGGGAUUCGCUGACCCGCGAGCAUCACUAUUCGUUUAUGAAUAACAUCAUUAAGCACAUCCCCAAGCCUGCGGUGGGGACCAUAGUGAAGCGGAAAUGCCUGGAGUGGAUCGAUGACACAGUUACAGUUACAUGCGCUGGUUACCGCAUUGAGGGGUGCCCAAAACUGGAGAUACACUACGUGGCUACAACUCGGCUGAUGCGUGUACAGGAAGAGAAGCUAGAACGAGCUGCAUGGCUCCACGUGCCAUGGCAGCAAGUCCCUGGAAUCAGAAAUUCCCAUGUGCUUAUAAUGAACCGGGGUGCGCACUACAAGCCAGCAGUGAAGGUGGUGAAGGCAGUCAGGCGAAUCUUCAGAUUCCUUCGCCAUAAUCACCCUGACAAACUCCUUAUCUACCGUACAACACCUCCCGGUCACCUCAACUGCCUGAACCACACCCGGCCAAUCACAGAGCGGCAGGAUGGCACAGCGUUACCGUUCAGAUGGGGAGAGUUCAAGCAGCAGAACGAGAUGGUGAGAGAGAUAGUGGAGGAUGCGGGAGGGUUGUUCAUGGAUGUGGAUCCGAUGAUGGCUUUAAGACCGGAUGGGCAUAGAGGGGUGGUGGCUAAGGAUAAGGUGGACUGCCUGCACUACUGCCUGCCAGGCCCGGAAGACACGUGGUCUGAGUUCCUGUACAACAUCAUCCAGAGGCUCGUGCCUGUCCAGUGA